CAUCAUCAUGUUUGCAAUCAGAGCUGUGCUUUUUUUUUCGUUGGUGAUCAACGUCUUGGUGAAUGGAUACCAGGAAGAUAACGCGAAUGGAGAGUUAAAAGUCCUCCUAAAGCGCCUUCAGGAGCGUCUUGAAGAUGAAGAGCGAGGCUAUGAACUCCAGGACUUGAAAGAAAGAUGGGGGAGUAUGAGUGGAGUUGAAGUUGGUCCUGAUGUUUCCGCAACCUGUAAUGACAUGAUGCCAACCAACAACUAUAAGUGGGCUACUUUUAAAAUAGAGAAUAGCGUAGUUGUCUUGGAUAAAACUUCUGCCCCAAGAGGUAUAGAAGACGACGAAGCUCAGUUCAAUGAGAUGAAGAACGCACUUACUUCUCAACCACGAUACGUUUUCUUUGACUUUUAUAUCACCUCGAACACUGGUCAUGAGAUAAGGAAAGUUGUUCUUGUUCUCUGGAGCGAUGAAAAGAGGAGUAGAUUUUUCGACAGGAUGGCAUAUGCAUCCAAUAAAAACAACGUUAAGGACGCUUGUCCAGGUCUUAGCAUGGAUUUCAGCGCUGGAAGCAAGAGCGAUUUGAACUACGAAACAUACCGGGCCAAGGUUAUGAAGUUGUCUCGUUAAUUAUCAAAGAUAGCAAGAUCCGGAUUGGGCGCCGUACAAUGUAGUUGCACCAGCAAAACUUAUAAUGAUUAUAUCACCGCAUCAUUUUAAUAACCUAGCCUAGGCUUAUUUCACGGCAUUUCAAGGGAUCAACUGAUAAGAUUCUGGAAGUUUGAGGACAGAAAAUGUGUUCUAGUCAUAUACCUAACUCCGCAACGAGCCUUGUUUAAUUAACAAUAGCAAGAGGGCGCUCUAACAUGAAUAAUAAAAAUGGGCAGGGCUCAUACACAGCUCUGCACAAAAAUGGAGAGUUACGACAAAUUGCGAUUACAAGCUAUUUUGUUCUCAAGAAACGCAUGGGCGAACGAGGGGUGCCAGACUAGUCUGCCCAUGCAUUUGGAUACAACAUUGCGUCCAGCAAUCACGUGACCAACGAAAACUGGUCCAUCCAUCGCAACUCUCAAUACACAGCUCCAAUGCGUAGCACGCUUCAUAAAAUCUGAUUUAGAUCUGUUACGGUUCACUUGACUCGCUAUUCACAUUCAUUUAGUCACAAUCGUAAUUUUAAUAGUUUAUUCACCACAAUUGCAUCAAAAUUAAAACAAUUAUAAUUAUUGUUACAAAGAGUCCCUUGCUACACUGCAGCUGCAUCCGUACACGUGGUGACUUCAAAUUAGCACCAUGCCCUGCAGGAUACCAGCCAACCAAACGAUAAAGAUUUAACGGUUUCCAUAAUUCUCGAGUUUUGUUUGUAAGUCAUUUGAGGUAAUCAAAAUUGGUGGAGGUUUCUUUAAAGGGGCUAUUAUACCUUUGGUAAUGACUCUGAAAUGUAAUGGCAAUUAACAAGUAAGAAGUAGGCCUACAACAGCUUUAUAUAAUAUAGUAUAUUGCAUUAAUGCGGGUAAUAUGGAAAAAGGUAUCACUUUAAUACCUGAAGUUUUGAAUCUGAGAAGCGUUACUGGCAGUAAUUUUUCUCAGAGUGUGUUUUCUAACCGCUCGAGAUUUCCGACAAUACCUCAACAACCGGAACUAUAAUUCCUUUUGAAAUGAAAUCUUCACAGCUUAUUUUUAUGG